AUGUAUCUCUCCAUCAUUUUCACUUUCCUUUACUACUCGGCCUUGUAUCUCUCCUUCAUUCAAGCUUUCCUUUAUAUUUGGACUUGUAUCUCUCUUCAUUUUCACUUGCAUUUACUACUGGUCCUUGUAUCUCUCCUUCAUUUUCCCAGUCCUUUCAUACUCGGCCUUUUAUCUCUCCAUCAUUUUCACUUCGCUAUACUACGCGGCCUUGUAUCUCGUUCAUAUUCGCUUUCCUUUACUACUCGGCCUUCCUUGUAUCUCUCCAUCAUUUUCACUUCCCUUAAUACUCGGCCUUGUAUCUCGUUCAAUCUCUCUUUCUUUUACUACUCGUUUUUCUAUCUCUCCAUCAUUUUCACAUUCCUUUACUACUCGCCCUUUAUCUCUCUUCCAUUUUCACUAUCAUUUGAUACUCGGCCUUUCAUCUCUCUUUCAUUUUCACUUUCAUUUGAUACUGUGACUUGCAUCUCUCUUUCAUUUUCACUUUCAUUUGAUAAUCUGCCUUGCAUCUCUCUUUCAUUUUCACUUUCAUUUUAUACUCUGCCUUGCAUCUCUCUUUCAUUUUCACUUUCAUUUGAUACUCUGCCUUGCAUCUCUCUUUCAUUUUCACUUUCAUUUGAUACUCGGCCUUGCAUCUCUCUUUCAUUUUCACUUUCCUUUGAUACUCUGCCUUGA